AUGGCCCUCACUGCCUCCGCGCAGCCUACUGCCACCCCCGAGACCUUCGGCCUCAUUGCCAUCCACUCUGGCUCUGGUGUUCACAACUCCGGCUUCAACGCGGCCAAGGGCAGCCUUUUCGCGGGUUUGUCCGGCCAAAACGCUACCUGCGAGGGUGCUGGUGACGGUUUCGCCACCUUCUACCUCAAGGAUGAGGCUCUGUUCCUCUACGGCCCCUCUGGAAGCACCCAGCAGGUUUACGUCGACCGCUCCGGCAUGGGCCAAGGAAAGCUCGGAUACACCACUGGCGACGAGUCUGGCCCUCGUAAUGGAGAGCGCACCGGUUGGGCCACCGAUAACAGCAACCACCUGCAGUUCGAUGGCAAAGGCCUCAUUGCCUGCCCCAACAGCAUUGGCGGCGCCUACAGCAUCUGGGUCUCGGCUGGAGUGGCCAACCCUGGUGGUAACGAGAACUGUGUUGGCGUCGCCGCUCGCGUCGAGAAGAGCACGAAGCCCGUCCCCUGCACUUACUCUUAA